CAACAUCCACAGUGGAACACCGGACACAAAGGCUCAGUGGAAACCCCCAGACCCACAUAAACAACUGGAACCCAUGGAACCCGGUCUGUAGACUUUAACUGUGACGUCACAACACGGUAGGUGGUGGACUUUAAUGCACGAGCACCGCGAACAAACUGGGUUUAAUGGUCCAGAAGAUGAGCUGAUGUCUGCAGAAUGCACAAAGGAAACUUCAGCAGAGCACCGACUCAAACAGAAAACAGAACCCUAACCGGAUUCGGCGGAGUUUCCCGUUUUUGUUCAUGUUUUUUUUUUUGUUUUGUUUUGUUUUGUGUCCGCCGCCUUUUGAUGCACGAGACGGAACAAAAUGGAGGAGAGUGAGCCGCUGUGAAGCUGUUGGAGCUUCAUUUCAGAGCCGUGUUUGGACCCUGGCUGGUCUUCACAAGGGGGUCAAGCUUUAUUAACAGGCUUUGGACGCAGAGACACACGUAGGACCGGUCACCGAACACCGAAGGAGUUGAAGACACCGUGAAAACGGAAAGUGUAAAGUCACCUGUACUUGGAUCAAUGUAACCGGAUGUGUCCUUCCAAAAUAAAAGCGGAAAGUUCACCCCCAGCCUCUGAGAUAAAAUAGAAUAUUUAGAAGAAGCUUUUAAAGUGAAUGGUUAAAAUGAAAAGUGUUCAGACAUGAGCGGCUCUGGGGAUGCGGACCCCGGCCCCUCCGGGUCGUCUGGGUCCUGCUGGUCCUUCGGCCCCAGCAGCGCGGACACCGGCCUGGGUUUGUCCGCUGGAAGAGUCCUGCCCGGCCGCAUCCGGUGCCUGUCUAACCCCGCCCCCCCCGGAAGACUGCCGUCCCUCAGAACCAGAGACAUGACCCUGGGGGGGGCGUACAAGAAGCCCAAGAAAACCUUUGAGCCAAAUGUCCACGCUGUGAGGAAAAGCAAAGAUGAGUUAAAAGGAAAAAUACAAACAGCAUCGAAACCACAGAGAACGGAGAGAGAAGAAAAGAAGAGAGAGAAGAGAGAGAAGAGAGUGAGGAGGAGAGAGAGGCCUCCCACCAUCCAGUCCCACUCCAUAUUUGAACAAGGUCCAGCAGACAGCAGCCGCAGACCAGGUUGUCGAGGCGUGACCGAUGUGCGUGACUCCACCUCCUCUUCUGUGUGUAAACUGGUGAAGAAGGAGUCUGAGGAGGAUGAGGAGGAGAUCCUAAAUAAACUGCACAGGGAUGAUUUUAUAGAUGACCUGGAUCUGGAGAACAGGUCCAAGCUGAAGCCCAUCCAACUGCCGCUGUGCCGGUCUGUGGCCAUGAAGAGUCCAGGUCUGAGCAGAUCCUCCUGUGUCUAUGGUUCCGUUGUAUGUGGUCCAGAGAACCCGCCUCCGCUCAGACCUCAGUCCACUGGAGGUCCGGGUCCAGCCGUCUGCGGCCGAACCGAGCCCAGACCACCUCAGCCGUCCUUGGUGGAUCUGCUGCAGGAGCUCAGCCUGUCCGGAUCAGAGGAGCUGUUCUUCAUGCAGCUGCCGGACUGUAUGCCCUUCAGAACCAAGAAGGAGACGCACAAGGAGAUGCACAAGGAGAGGAGGACUGAAGACAAGAGACCUGGACAUGAAGUGGUGGCGAAGGAGGCGUGUCCUGUGCUGUCACAGUUCCCAGAGGGGUUUCUGGGUAAACUGCAGAUCCGGAGGUCGGGAUCGGUGGUGCUGAAGGUGGGAGAGGUGGUCAUGGAUGUGUCGGAGGGAGCGGCCUUCUCCUUCCUGCAGCAACUGGUGUCUGUGCGUCUUUCUGACGGUCAGACUGGAGACAUGAUGGUCUUGGGAAACGUCCGUCACAAACUGGUUUUAUCGCCGGACUUCCACACGUUCCUGCAACAAACGGCAGCGCAACAGCAGCAACAAUCCUGACAACGGACAUGCUAAGGACACCCUAAGGACAUGCUAAGGACACACUAAGGACACCCUGAGGACACGUUAAGGACACACUGAUACUACAGACACAUGAUACUAUGGACACACUGAUGUGAUGUGGUGAUCAGUGUGAUACUUUGCAGAUCUGUCCCUAGGACAGUGGUUCUUAACCUGGGUUCGAUCGAACCCUAGGGGUUCGGUGAGUCAGUCUCAGGGGUUCGGUGGAGGUCAAG